AUGAAAAGACUUCUAGAUGAAGGACCAACAUCAGGCCCUGGGCCUGGAAAGGAAGGAUUAUAUGCGAGAGCAACACCUAUGUCUCCUCCUCAUCAUUUGCUCGGAAAUAAUAUUUCAUCUGGUACGCAAUCAAUGAUGACAAAUGUGCAAAGUGUGCUUCAUUUAACAACUAAUCAUCCCACACAGCCUGGAAGUUCAGCUCCCAACAUAAUCAGUGGUCAGCCAUCGAAUGUUGCGCAGCAUACAAAUCCACCUAUUCAUUCCACUGGAUCUUUGCAAAAUUAUUCGAAAGAUGGUGGUAAUCCUGGUCUUGCUACAGUUCAAUAUCAGUAUAGUGCUUUACCAUUGCCUACUAAAAAUAAUGUACAUAAUUUACCAGGUCAACCUCAUGCAGCUCAACCUCUUCAUUUAAGACAUAAGGUUCAUGCCAGCAGCGGUGUAUCUUCUCAAGGUCCAGGUACUCCUCCCAGUGGCACACCUCAAUCAAAUUUUCAAAAAUUAAAGGUGGAGGAUGCCUUAUCUUACUUGGAUCAAGUGAAAUUAAAGUUUGGUAGUGAGCCUCAGGUUUAUAAUGAUUUUUUGGAUAUAAUGAAAGAAUUCAAAUCUCAAAGUAUUGAUACGCCUGGUGUGAUCCAAAGAGUUUCGAAUUUAUUUAAAGGACACCCAGAAUUAAUUGUUGGCUUCAACACGUUUUUACCUCCUGGUUAUAAAAUAGAAGUUCAAUCGAACGAACAGGGGUUUGCAUUUCAAGUUUCUGUGUCGAUGCCAAGUCCAACAGCUGCAACAAACACUCUUAUACAAACUUCUCAUCAUUCUAUACCAAGCGGGGGGCAAAAUGAUAUGAUUCCUUUACUCCAAAACGUUUCUAAGCACAAUAGCAAUAAUUUAAAUUCACAUUCUGGUCGAGGAACUCCUCCUCAACAAACCAAUGCUCAUUAUUCACAUCAACAAACAUCGGCGGGAACCAACAAUAUUUUACGGGGCCCUUCUCCGGCUCCUGGUCCUUCUCAUUUGUCUAUAACUCCGCAACAAGCACAUUUAGCAGUUUCUCAUGCUUUAAGCAAUGUAGAUUCAGUUCAUCCUACUCCUCAAAGUCAACCAGUUGAAUUUAAUCAUGCUAUUAAUUAUGUUAAUAAAAUUAAGAAUCGAUUUCAAGGUCAGCCCGAUAAAUAUAAAAGGUUUUUAGAAAUUUUACACACUUACCAAAAAGAGCAAAGAAAUAUUAAAGAAGGGACCAGCGGUCCUGGUAAACAUUUAACGGAGGCUGAAGUUUAUUCGCAAGUAUCUAAAUUAUUUGAACAUCAAGAAGAUUUGCUAGCGGAAUUUGGUCAAUUUUUGCCUGAUGCAACCAGUCACUUGAAUUCUAGAAAUGUUCCCGGAGUAGAACAUCAAAACAUUGUGAGAAAGUCGGCCAAUAUGAAAUCAUCAAACUACGCAUUAAACGUUUCUAGAGAUUCAAAUUAUAUUCAAACCGUCCCCGAUAGGGAAGCACCUAGAGGUCCAUUGGUAGGUUCGGGACCUGUAAAUAAACAAUCUCAUUCUCAAUUGAAGAGGUCUUCAAGUUUUUCCGCCUCUGGCAUACAGAAAAAACACAAAAUUGCUUCUUGGAGAGAUGUUACUUUGGCGGAUGCAGCUAAAUACGCUAGUUUAAGUGAUUAUGGAUUUUUUGAUAAAGUUCGAAAGUCGUUGAAAAAUCAAGAGGUUUAUGAAAAUUUUCUAAGAUGUUUAACUUUGUUUAAUGAAGAAAUCAUUUCGAAAAGUGAACUGGUUCAGUUGAUCACUCCUUUUCUCGGACGAUUUCCUGAACAAUUGCGUUGGUUUAAAGAUUUCGUAGGGUUUUCCGAAUCAAAGCACGUUCCCAAUAACUUGAGACAGGAUCGUCCCACGGGAGAUUUAGCCAUGGAAAUCGAUUACUCUACGUGUAAACGUCUUGGUGCGAGUUAUUGUGCGCUUCCAAAGUCUUAUGUACAACCUAAAUGCUCCGGACGUACUGCUUUAUGCAAAGAAGUUUUAAACGAUACAUGGGUUUCUUUUCCGAGUUGGUCUGAAGAUUCAACUUUUGUGACGAGUAGGAAAACACAAUAUGAAGAAUAUAUUUAUAGAUGCGAAGACGAAAGAUUUGAGCUGGAUGUAGUUAUUGAAACAAAUGGAGCUACCGUCAGAGUUUUGGAAGCUGUUCAGAAAAAAAUAUCACGAAUGUCUCCAGAAGAAGCUCAGAAAUUUAGAUUAGAUGACACAUUAGGAGGUACUAGUCCUACAAUCCACGUUCGUGCACUAAAAAGGGUUUACGGAGAUAAAGCUUCGGAUAUGCUUGACGGUUUGAAAAAGAAUCCACUAGUUGCUAUACCGGUAGUAUUAAGAAGGCUUAGAGCAAAGGAAGAAGAAUGGCGAGAAGCUCAAAAAGGUUUUAAUAAAUUAUGGAGAGAACAAAAUGAAAAAUAUUAUUUAAAAAGUUUGGAUCAUCAGGGAAUGAAUUUUAAACAGAGUGAUUUAAAGGCUCUUCGAUCAAAGGGUUUAUUUAAUGAAAUUGAAACUUUAUUCGAUGAGCGGCACGAGCAAAACGAAGAGAAUAAUUUGGAUUCCGGUCAAAUAAUUACCGGUCCUCAUUUAAUUUUACAAUAUAAAGAUAAAAGCAUUCUCGAUGAUGCUGCUAAUUUACUAAUUCAUCAUGUGAAAAGGCUGAGCGGAAUUCAAAAAGAUGACAAACAUAAAAUGAAAUUAAUAUUAAGACAUUUUAUUCCUGAUUUAUUUCAUCAUACGAGGCAAGAGCUGAGCGAUGAUGAAAAAGAUAGUUUCGAUGAUAAAGAUGAUAUGGAGGUGUUUACAUCUUUAGGCAACGAAAAGAAUUCCGAGCAACUUAGUAAAAAGCCAAAAAAUAAUACAAAUCUUUGUAACGGAGGAGGACCUUUAUCAUCGAAACCCGACGACGAAAGUUAUUCGUUAUUCAUGGCAAAUAAUAAUUGGUAUUUAUUUCUUCGACUCCACCACAUUUUGUGCGAAAGAUUGACAAAGAUGUACGAAAGAGCUUGCAUUUUAUCAGAAGAAGAAGCCAAAUAUAAAAUGGAUAGAAAAGAAUCUACUAGUCUUGCAUUGAGAUUAAAACCGAGAAGUGAAAUUGAAGUCGAAGAUUAUUAUCCGGCAUUUUUAGAAAUGAUAAAAAAUGUUUUGGACGGAAACAUGGAUAGCAACGCUUACGAGGAUACCCUGAGAGAAAUGUUUGGAAUUCACGCUUAUAUCGCCUUUACGAUGGAUAAAGUCGUGACGUAUGCCGUGCGUCAGCUUCAGCACAUCGUUUGCGACGAAGCACCGCAGGAAUGCAUUGAAAUAUUUCAUCAGGAAUUGAAAAGAGGUGGAGCCGGUGGAUUUUGUUCGACGGCUCACCAAAGAGUUCACGCAGAAAUGGCUUAUCAAAAACGUUUAGAACAAAUUCUUGCCGAUGAAAAUUGUUUCAAAAUAUAUAUCUAUAAAAUUGAUUGCAAAAUCACUUUCGAGUUGUUGGAUAACGAAAUGGAAGAACCCGAACCGGCAAAUGAAUCGGAAAAAUGGGCGAAUUACGUCAACAAUUACGCUUCGAGCAUUCGUAAUAAUCCGGACGAUGAUGAACACAGUUUAGAAUUGAAUGACUUGCCGAGGUCGGAAAAACCAGUAUUCUUGCCCCGAAAUGCAAGGUCAUGGAGAAAAUUGUACGCGAAGCAAAAAUUCGGUUCGAAGCAAGAGGGAGAGUCGGGAAAAGACAAAGACGCGGAUAAAAAUAAUGAGAAAUCGGAGGAGGAGGAUGGAAUUAAAAGAGAAGAGAAAAGUCCUCCCUCUCGCAUUGUCGUACCUGAGGUCGAAUCCUGCAUAUCGGCCUACGACAAUUCCGAGUGUCGAUUCAAUCUUAAUUCUUAUAAAAUAUUAUUUGUUAUAAAUAAAGAGAAUUUGUUGUAUAAAAAAAAUGCUUUCAGCAAAGCAAAAAAAUCUCAUCCGUGGUUGACAAAAAGUAAGAAUAAAAAAUUUAAAGCGUGGAACGAUAGAUGGGUGGAAUGUAACGUUGCCGAUCAGGAAUUGAAAAAUUGUACGGAUUGGCUCAUGGGAAAAGGAAGUGACGUAGUGCCCAACAGGACGAAAAUAUUAACGGACAACGAUCUGACAAAACCUCCUUAUGUUCCUUAUAAUCGUUAUAAAGUUGAAAAGUUGGAGUGA